UGUAAUAAGUAACCAUAGCAACAAUAAGACUUAUUACUCUUCUUGUUUCCUCACUUCUCCAUUUUGCUUCCUUCACCGCCAUCACUCUCUCUCCGUUUGUCCAAAAUGUCGACGGAACUACCACCAACCACCGCCACCGCCGCCGCUACAGUCACCGACGGACCGGAUAACCAAACUCCGACCGAAAAUUCUAGGGUUAAGUUGAAGCUAGAAGACAUAAAUUGGGAUCAUUCAUUCGUUCGGGAGUUGCCAGGCGAUCCGUUAACCGAUAUCACUUCUCGCGAGGUGCUUCAUGCUUGUUAUUCGAGAGUAUCUCCAUCUGCUGAGGUGGAGAAUCCUCAGUUGGUCGUGUGGUCGGAGUCUGUUGCUGAUAUUCUUGAUUUGGAUCCUAAAGAAUUCGAAAGACCUGAUUUUCCAUAUCUGUUUUCAGGGGCAUCUCCUUUAAAAGGAGGAUUAUCGUACGCUCAAUGUUACGGUGGCCAUCAAUUUGGAGUAUGGGCCGACCAAUUGGGUGACGGUCGAGCCAUCACACUCGGCGAGCUUAUAAAUUCCAAGUCCCAAAGGUGGGAGCUUCAGCUAAAGGGUGCCGGAAAGACUCCGUAUAGCCGGUUUGCUGACGGUUUAGCGGUUUUACGUAGCAGCAUUCGGGAAUUCCUUUGCAGUGAAGCAAUGCACAGUCUCGGAAUUCCCACCACCCGCGCACUUUGCCUCGUAACUACCGGAAAAUUAGUGAGUCGUGACAUGUUUUACGAUGGGAAUCCGAAAGAUGAGCCUGGUGCUAUCGUGUGCCGUGUUGCGCAAUCUUUUCUACGUUUUGGCUCAUUUCAAAUACAUGCUAAAAGAGGAAAAGAAGAUCUUGAGAUCGUUAAAACGUUGGCUGAUUACACCAUCAAAUAUCACUUUCCUCAUAUAGAAAGUAUGAACAAAAGUGACAGUUUAUCGUUCUCCACCGGGGAAGGAAACAAUGAUGUUGUGGAUCUUACUUCCAAUAAGUAUGCAGCGUGGCUGGUUGAAGUUGCCGAGCGUACAGCUUCCUUAAUUGCAAAAUGGCAGGGUGUUGGUUUCACUCACGGUGUGCUGAAUACCGACAACAUGAGCGUAUUAGGGCUUACAAUUGAUUAUGGCCCGUUUGGAUUUCUCGAUGCGUUUGAUCCUAGUUUCACUCCAAACACCACUGAUCUUCCGGGAAGAAGGUAUUGCUUUGCAGAACAACCCGAUAUCGGGUCGUGGAAUAUAGGCCAGUUUGGAUUAGCUCUUUCGACAGCCCAGCUAAUUAAUAAAAAAGAGCUCAAUUAUGCCUUGGAAAGAUACGGUAGUAAAUUUAUGGAUGAAUAUCAGGCCAUAAUGACCAAAAAAGUCGGUCUGUCAAGGUAUAAUAAAGAGCUCAUUGGUGAACUUCUGAACAACAUGGCAGUUGACAAAGUUGACUACACAAACUUCUUUAGAUUACUCUCCAACAUUAAGGCUGAUUCCGAUGUUCUAGAUAAAGAUUUGCUAGUUCCGCUUAAGGCUGCUUUGCUAGAUAUUGGCAGAGAGCGCAAGGAGGCGUGGACUAACUGGGUGAAACGCUACAGAGCUGAGCUAUCUUCUAGUGGUGUGUCUGAUGAGGACCGGAAAGUAUCAAUGAACUCAGUGAAUCCAAAAUACGUUCUCAGGAACUACUUAUGCCAGAGCGCGAUAGAUAUGGCUGAACAAGGUGAUUUCGAAGAGGUGAGAAGACUGUUAAAGGUGAUGGAAAAGCCGUUUGAUGACCAACCCGGUAUGGAAAGAUACGCUCGGUUGCCACCUGCUUGGGCGUACCGUCCGGGUGUGUGCAUGCUCUCUUGUUCCUCAUGAGGGCUUUUGAUUUUAAAAACAACUAUAAACUAUAUCAAAGAGAGUUACAUGUGCAUAAUAGUUGAUUAUGUACCAAUAUGACCUAGUCUUUUAGGGCUUUCUUUUUUGUCAUGGUUAUAAAUGGUGAUAUUGGAGUUGGUGUUCGUCUUGGAAGAUU